UUUAUAUUUUCAAAAAAUAUAUCCUUUUAGCAAUCGCUCACCUCAUGAGUCAUGUCAAGACUAUGUAGGUCCGUCUUCUAUAUCUACACCCACAAAUUUUAAGGCUCUCCAUCUCUCUCUCUAUUCUCCAAACCAAGUUCUCAAAACUGUGUCAGAUUCUACAGUACUACCACCAUAAACUGCCAUUAGAAAAAGCUUUUCACUCUGUUUUCUCCACUUUCAUACAUAAAAACAACUAAACAAAGUUGUCAUAUUCUUGAUUUUAACGUUCCCAUAUAUUUAUAAUUCCUCUUUAAUUUGUCUCCAUUGAUUCUUAGUUUUCUGAGUCGAUGAUGAAUAUGGCUUCUGUGAGUGUGACCAACCCAGUUCAGUCCCCGCUCCGUACGUCUCGAAUUUCUUCGCUUUACUUGUCACCCAUUAAGAUUUCACCUACCUCAGUUGCUCUCAAGUCUCGAUCAGUGCCCUCUAGAGCCUCAACCAGCGCCGGCUUGGCUUUUUCGCCGUUGCCGGAGAAUGUCAUAACUCGUAAGAAUAAGAGUACCGUGGAUACUUUUCCUCACAAGCUUUUUUUGGGGUUUUCUGCUUUGGAUCAACGGCUGAGACGGAGAGGUUCUGCUGAACUAUCUCUUGUGACGGCCGCAGCUGCCGAUGCCGACGGUCGGGAAAUUGAAAUUUCCGACAAGCCUAAGAGCUUUGGAGAGAGAUUUCCUUUUAUAAUCACUGGCUUUUUCUUUUUCAUGUGGUACUUUUUAAAUGUCAUCUUCAACAUACUGAACAAGAAGGUUUACAAUUACUUCCCAUAUCCAUACUUUGUCUCAGUCAUACAUCUCCUAGUUGGAGUGGUUUAUUGUCUCGUUUCAUGGACUGUUGGAUUACCUAAGCGUGCACCUAUUAAUAAGGAACUGCUGUUAGUAUUGACCCCUGUGGCAUUCUGUCACGCCCUUGGACAUGUCAUGUCCAAUGUAUCAUUUGCAGCCGUGGCCGUCUCUUUCACGCACACUAUUAAAGCACUGGAGCCAUUCUUUAAUGCUGCAGCAUCACAGUUUAUCCUGGGCCAACAAAUUCCCCUGUCAUUAUGGCUAUCAUUGGCUCCUGUUGUAAUUGGUGUGUCAAUGGCAUCGCUGACUGAACUUUCUUUUAACUGGACUGGUUUCGUCAGUGCAAUGAUUUCAAACAUUGCAUUCACUUACAGAAGUAUCUAUUCAAAGAAAGCAAUGACAGGAAUGGACAGUACAAAUGUGUAUGCUUACAUCUCCAUCAUUGCCCUCUUGGUUUGCAUUCCACCAGCUCUAAUAAUUGAGGGACCCAAACUGUUGCAACAUGGUUUCCAAGAUGCUAUUGCCCAAGUGGGGCUCUACAAAUUUAUCUCAGACUUAUUCUUGAUUGGAUUGUUCUACCAUCUAUACAAUCAGCUUGCUACCAACACCCUGGAACGAGUGGCACCAUUAACACACGCAGUUGGAAAUGUGCUGAAGCGAGUGUUCGUGAUUGGGUUCUCCAUUGUAGUGUUCGGCAACAAGAUCUCCACACAGACAGGUAUUGGUACUGCCAUAGCAAUUGCUGGUGUGGCUAUGUAUUCCUUGAUAAAGGCAAACAUUGAAGAGGAGAAAAGGAAGGCAGCGGCAGCUUCUGCAGCAGGGGGAGCAGCAUCGUCUUAGUAGACAACUUUUGUAGAUAUUGUUGAUGAUUGAUGAUGAUGAAGAGCAUGAUGAGAGGAGAUGGAGAAUUAUGCAAACCAAACCAAACCACCCUAACCGGGAAACAUUUUCAUAUUAUAUUUCAAUUCAACUGCUUUCCAAGGAUUAUAAUAUCAUUCCUAUGUAGAAAUAAAAGUUCAAGAGUCGGAUACUAAAAUCAUUUCCAUAAAGUUUAUUAUUGAAAUGAAUGACAAUUCUUUGUUUUUUUC